AGAAAAACGUUCAUGCUAGUUCCGUCUUUGCAGACUCUUUUAGAGUCCAAACCGGCAGAACCUGCCAAGACUCCCUACACAAAGCAAAACUUCAUACGGUACCUUUCAUCAAUUCAUUGCUUAGAAAAUUACGAAUUCAUCAUGGACGUCAACAAAUAUAAUCGACUCAAAGAGAAAGACAAACUUCCCAAAUGGAAUGACAUUAUCAAGCUUUACCUCUUGGACGAUUCUCCCAAAGAAAUCAACCUUCCGUACCAGUAUAAACACAAUUUACUCGUGAAAAUCCCUAACGGUGACGUUGUCAAGAAGAGUUACAAGAUCAUUUACGAACUUCUAUUGGACAGCUACAACCAAUUUAUCAACCUCACCAAGAAACAAAACAUGAGCAGUUUUGCCAACCAUCAGGGCCAAAGCUUACCGAUCCCAGUACCAAAUGGCGGGCGGCGGAACCUGUCGCUGGCAGCGUCAUCCGGCAGCCGGCGUAACAGCGUGGUGGAAGUGAGCCACAGCAGCCGGCGCGGACUGUCAUCGUCCCAUCUCGCGUCCGGAACCGUCCACGUCAGUCGUAGCAACUCGACGCUGGCAGCGAUGGGCACCACCCCACGGUCCGGCUCUCGGCGGCCCUCUCUCACGCCCGAGUACCCCAAGCUGCCCAUCAAUAAUGGCACCCACAUAGGUAUCAAGAGCAAUAUUGUGAAGUUACCACUGCCACUGUCAGAUGUGGAAGUUAAGAAAAAAGCUGCCAGUCAGUCGCAGAGCUUGUUCAAGAUGAAGAAGUUUAAGUUCCGGCGCAAUUCUAACGAAUGAACGAUUUAUGAGUAUGAUGUAUUAUAGACAAUAUAGAUUUGACGUUUAA